AUGAUCUUUCUAACGGAUGGUAAACCAACCGAUCAACCACAGGAAAUUAUGCAAACGAUACAAACAAAGAACGCAGAGCUUAAUAACGAGGUGGUAAUUAUGACAUAUGGAAUGGAACAGGACUUACAAAUCCUUCGAGAUAUUGCUCAUCAAAAUGGCUCCAGGUAUGGAGUGCCGCAAGCUGCUGACGUCACUGCUGGGAAAUUUACUUCUGUAGGAAACACAGAAAAUUUGCGGAGAGACUUGGCCACGUAUUACGAUUUCUUCUCUGAAAAUGUGGUACACGAUGCACCAAUCAUAUCCAUUCCUUAUGUUGAUGCUUUUGGCACAGGUCUGUUAACUUCUAUUACACUCCCAUGUUAUUACCAAGGGAAGUUCAUUGGUGUUGUUGGAACAGAUAUCAGCAUGGAAGAUCUACUAUCGGAAAUCACAUAUUUUCAGCGAGGCCAAUCAAGCUACGCUUUCAUGGUGGACAGUUCUGGGAGGACCAUGAUGCAUCCUCUUCUACCAGCCCCUUCUGAUGCUUUUGGUGAUCCUAUUUUUAUGGAUAUAACAGCUUUAGAACCAGAACCCGAGUUCACUUCAGUGUUUCUAUCAAUCAAAAGUGGUGAGUCCGGACAGAAGACGUUUCCAUCAAAGCGUUUUCUGGCUCGUGGUGGACAGGUGGAGGAAGGAGUGACAGUUACAACUUAUCCAUCAACUUAUUACUGGAAACCAGUUCAACACACUAACUUCACUGUUGCGAUUGUGGUUAAAGUUGGCGAUAAGGAUGAAACACUGGACACUUUGACCAUUCCUUCAGGUAAGAUCAAGUUUUUCUUUCGUCAUUUCUUGAGGUACCACACCGCUCUCAGCAACACCGGGUCAGUUGCCCUUUCCACACCUUAUAUAGACGCCUUCGGUGCAGGAGUGGUGAUAACCGCUGCUCACACUCUCUACCGCGGCGAGACAAACAGCCAGCAUACCACCAGCGAUAAGGUUAUUGGAGUCAUGGGCGCAGACUUCCCUCUAUCAUACUUUCAAAAACUCCUGACAGAUACGUACCCAAAGUGCGAGGAAAGCAGCUAUGACUGUUUUGUAUUGGAUAGAGCUGGUUUUCUGAUCAUGCACAAUGAUUUCCUCCAGCCAGAAAUAACAGCUGAAACACUGGAGUAUGUCCACAUCACCGAGAAAGAAAAAGACAUCGCCGAAGAUCUGAUACAAAAAGGUUAUCUUGUGAAGAAAGAAUGUAGAAAUUUGGAGAAUAUCGAGUUGCAGAGCUUUUACGAGCUAAAGCUUCCAUUUCAAGGAUUGAGUACUCUUGAGACUGGACAGCGUUGCAAGAGGUAUCAGCUAUCAGAAAUGGGUGGAAGUAAUGCCUUUUUGGGAAUCAUAUCACGAGGAAGCUCGUGUUCAGCCAAGACUUGCAGCUGUUCCACUAACAAAGAAUGUUCUAACGUGCAAGGACUGACGUGCGAAUGCCCUUGCUCCUCACGACUUGAAUUUCAUUACUGCAGGAGUGAAUUCCCAGCGAGCAACAUUUCCAUUUGUUCCGUGCCAGCUACUGUUCUUCGCUCUGAGCAAGUAAAUGAUCCUUCAGUGUUUGGCUUAGAGAAAUGUUUCGACCCACAAUGUGACCGGAAGACUGAUUCGGAGUCAUGUGAUGGAGUCGUGGGCUGCUAUUGGUGCGUUAGAGAUAAGUUCGACACUCCUCUUUCCAAGAAAUACUGCGCAGAUAUCAAUACCUGCUAUGGUGGCAAGCAAGGCACAAGAGCUCCAGGAAGCACUGAUAUUCCAACCAACACCUCCGAUCCAGAAGAUGACAAGAAGGGCGGUCUCUCAGCUACGGAAAUUGCUAUUAUUGUUUUUUGGUCGUUAAUUGCUGUUGUUAUUCUUGUUGUUUUUGUUGUUGUCUUCUGUAGAUGGAUAUUUAAAUCGUGCAAAAGAGGCUAUUUUUUCUGUGUGUGAACGUUUCAUUACCAUUUGAACUGCUGCACGGGCUUGCAGGCCAGCUUGUUAAGUUUAAUUGAUUUUGGAUGGAGUAAUCCUGAUGUCUCAUUUCUAAGGUCAUUAUAUGUCUACAUUCUUAAGUACCGCUUCUUUUUCCUACAAGUCCUUUCACCGACACAGUUCGGUUACGCGUUAGGUCACUUUGCCAACUUCUUAGAGCAUUUUGUUAACGGUGACGUAUUAUGACAAAACGGUUAAUGAUUUCAGUGCGGAGAACUUGAUAAUGCAGAAAUUUUACCAAAAGUCGUACAGUAAACGAAAGGAUGAUCUGACUGAGCAAUAAAGGCGUCCAGCCACUAGUAUUUUUUUCACAGAUCCUGCUCUUAAUCUAAUGCGGUGAUCAAUAUCAUUUACUUAACAAAUUUUAGACAAGUCUUAUCGAAUGGACGUAUUCAAGACAAAAACUACUAUGAUCUAUAGAAUAUACACU